CGACCGCCCACCCAUCCCGGUUGGCUGCGGGCCCUGCUCGUCAACGCCUCUCGCAGUUGUUAUUGGUUCUUUUGACUUUUUCCCGCCCACCAGGUGCGGCGUCGUUCAAACCCGACCCCCCGCCCCUCCCGGGGGCGCCGCGGCGCUAUGGGAGGAACGGAGCGGAAUUCUGCCCGGCAACUAAGUACGUCACCGAGACUCGGCUUGUUAUUGGAUAGAGCACAGGGCAGUGGUCACAAAACAGCAGAUGAACUGCACAUGUCCGUGUGUGGCUUGCAUUUUGUCAGGGUACAGAAGGCAGCGAUGGUGGAACUGCAGCUCCAGCAGGAGUGGCAAGGAAUUUCAGGCGCAAGGUUGCCUACAGAAAAGACUUCAGGAAGGGAACCUCUACUCUUGCUGCCUAUUCUAAACUUCUUAAGAGAAUGGACAGACAUUCAAAUGUUAGCUUGUCCAGCAGCAUUCACCUGGGAUUCCCUCAGUGAUUUUGACCAGCUUCCAGAUGAUGUACCUGUUUCAGCUAACAUUGCAGAUAUUGAGGAGAAGAAAGGCUUUACAAACUACUAUAUGUUUGUCAUUGAAGUAAAGCUUAAAGGUGGUGGCAGAUACCUGAUUUUCCGGCGCUAUCGUGAGUUCUAUGCCCUGCACACCAAACUAGAGGAGAGAUAUGGGCCAGAGGGUGAUAACAGCCCAUUCACCUGCACACUCCCUGUAUUGCCAGGAAAAGUUUUUGUUGGUGCCAAAAGGGAAAUUGCUGAGAACAGGAUUCCUAUCCUAAAUGUCUACAUGAAGAACCUACUCUGCCUCCCUGCUUGGGUGUUGAUGGAUGAAGACGUACGGCUGUUCUUCUACCACUCAACCUUCGAUAGCGAGCAGGUGCCUCACAGGCUGAGACGGCUUCGCCCACGGACACGCCGAGUUAAAAGCAUUUCACAUCAAGUGCCUAUUUUUGACCGCACAGCAGCUCCGCGGGCUGAGGCACUGUUUGAUUUUCCUGGAACCAAUAAACUGGAACUCAGCUUCAAGAAGGGAGACUUGAUCUACCUACUCAGCAGAGUAAACAAAGACUGGUUGGAGGGAACUGCUAAUGAUGCCACUGGGAUUUUCCCAUGUGCUUUUGUGAAGAUCAUAAAAGAUUUACCACAGCAGGAAGACACAGUCAAUAAAGUCCGCUGUUAUUACCACAGUGAGACUGUGAGCACUAUCAGGGAUAUCUCAGUGGAAGAGGAUCUGAGCAGCAUUCCAUCAUUCAAAGAUCUCAUGGAAUUGAUGAGGCGGGAGUUUGACCAAGAUGACAUUGCUUUGAAUUAUCGGGACCUUGAUGGGGAUCUGAUCCGGUUGCUCUCCGAUGAGGAUGUUGAACUCAUGGUAUCUCAGAGCAGAAGAAGGCCCUCUGAGAAGCACUUUUUCCCUUGGAAGUUGCACAUCACUCACAAAGAUGACUUGGGUGUCUACAACACUAGUCCAGGAAUAGAUGCUACUCAAAUAGUAGGAUCAAUAUUGCCAUAAUUUUCUCUUCAUUUGCUGAUAUGAACAUUUGUGUGCCAGUGCAUAAUUAUUUCUGUCAUGUUGGAGUCUGACCAGGCAUUCAGAGUUUGUUCUAGAAGGAUCAAGAAAACUUUUCUGUACUUCAGUGAAGAAAUUGCAGCCCAUCUUAGCUUUUUUCUUUCCACUGCCCAAUAUCUUGAAUUUUGUGAAUCAAACUUAGUACACCUGUGGUGUUCCUCAUAGACCUUUCUGUAAUUUACUUAUUUCUGCAUUCUGGGAAAACAUGCAUGAUGCCUAUUUGAACAGGAGUUUAUUCUCUGUCUAUCUUCUGCUUUCGGACACUUCAUUUCAAAGGACAACUAACAAGAAAUUACUGUAUCAGAUUCUUCAACAAAUAAAGUUAAAUAUGAGUUUAUCAACUUUUA